CAGCUCCACUAAUCGUGGAUUAGCUACAACCGACUGCAGUCUGCAGCUCAGGGAGGGAGAGGUAGUCACUGCCAUUCACUACUCAGCCUCUAUUUUAUUAUUAGCUCACUUGGAUCUGGCAGCAGGGUUUUUUUCUUCUUUUUUUUCCUCAGCAGCAACAGAGACUUUUGCAUUGCGCAACCAAGAAGGCUAGCUGCACAUUAUUGGGAUCUCAGGUAAAGGUGUGGUAAUACAGCAGAGAGAAGCGGCUGAUUUAGGGUCGAUGGAAGCUGCUACAGUAGGUCAGGUAGGACUCAAUUAACGGCCCCUUUAAUUUAAACCCACGCAGUGGUUACAAAGUGCACUGGUCAGUUUUUUCGCAAUGUUCAGGACGGUCAAUUACCCGACGGUGGAUCCGGCGCCCACCAUCAUGCACGGCACUUGGUUUACCACGGGGUGCCGAGCAACGCCCGUAGCGGUGGAGAAACCUAAGAAAAAGGCGUUCAGCCUGGCCAAAAUAAUGUCUCUCAGCAACAAGAAAGGACACGGCCAGCAUCCGCAAAACAACAACAACAUGCCCUUUACGAUCCACUGUCACAUCGGGAAAGAGAUAAAGCACAUUUGCAGCAAUUGCAGUCGCGGCAACGACACACAGGAUGCUGAGGAAGUAGAGAGGCUGGCCGCCAUGCGUUCUGAGUCUAUGCUCUCCGGCACCCACACUCCACCCAUCCGCCGUCGGAGCAAAUUUGCCACUCUGGGACGCCUCCUCAAGCCCUGGAAAUGGAGGAAGAAGAAGAGUGAGAAGUUCAAGCAGACGUCUGCUGCUUUGGAAAGGAAGAUGUCAAUGCGACAGAGCAGAGAUGAGUUGAUCAAGAGAGGAGUGCUGAAAGAGAUCUUUGAAAAAGCAACAGUUGAGUUCCGAUCCUCGAUGGACGGCGGAAUCUGCACUCAGGAGCCCUCUCUUAAGUCCUCUAUGGUUCUGCACACCAAGAAAUCUGUCACCUACUCGGGUGACCUCAAGGAUAACCCCGCCAAGCCGCCGCUGUACCACAAGAAGCCUCCUGCUCUCCCUCCAAAGCCUUUUUCUAGGAUCCCAAACCAUAGCACAGACUCUUGCCAGCCAAUGAAGUUGCCCUGUAUGCGUGGGGGAAAGCACUCUCCACCUCUGCCUCCCAAGAAAGUGAUGAUUUGUGUGCCUCAAGGGGGGCUGGACUCCUCGUCUCCGUCCCCCAAUCCCCUCUGCGCUCUCUCCCAAAAGUGCGGGCCUUCCCACGGCAUGUCCCUCCACCACGGCCCCUUGCUGCCCUCUCAGUUCGCAGCUCUGUCCAGUCUUCACCAGAGUCGCGGUCACCCGUUCCAGCUUCAGUACGGCAGCUUGCACGCGCCCAGCCGCAUCAUCGAGGAGCUCAAUAAAACCCUGGCACUGUCCAUGCAGAGGUUUGAAAGCUCUGCAUUGCACGGCGUCGGUCACUGUGUUCCCCUGGACAGGAGAGAAGUGCCGUCUGUGAUCAUCGACUACGAGGAUGACAAGGAGAACAUGCCCAACGAAUGCGACUACGAAGAUCUGCCCAGCAUGUACAAGGACGAGGACGACGAUGAUGAGGACGAUGAGGACGACGAAGAUGAUGACUCCAUAUUUACAAGUACGCUGGCACAGAAGGUGCUGAGGAAAGACUCUUUGGCCAUCAAGCUGAGUAACCGUCCAUCCAAAAGAGAGCUGGAGGAUAAAAACAUCCUGCCCAUGCAGACUGAUGAGGAGAGACUGGAGUCUAGGCAGCAGAUAGGCACCAAACUCACAAGGCGAUUGAGUCAGAGACCCACAGCAGAGGAGCUGGAGCAGAGGAACAUCCUCAAACGGAAAUCUCGCAAUGAGCAAGAGGAAAUGGAGGAGAAGAGGGAGAUAAAACGAAGGCUAACACGAAAGCUGAGCCAGAGGCCCACCGUAGAGGAGCUGAGGCUGGCCAAAAUUCUCAUCCGAUUCAGUGACUACGUGGAGGUGUCAGAUGCCCAGGACUACGACAGGCGGGCAGAUAAGCCCUGGACCCGGCUCACAGCAGCUGACAAGGCAGCUAUACGGAAGGAACUCAAUGAUUUCAAGAGCAAUGAGAUGGAAGUGCACGAGUCAAGUCGCCAUUUAACCAGGUUUCACAGACCAUAGUAGACCAUCACUGUCUUGAGCAAUGCCGGACCGGCGCUCUCCUCCACUGAGAACCUUAAGUGCUGGACAGUAAAAUGGUGCCCGUUUCUACAAUAAGGCCAUGUCUUCUGAAAUGCCUUUUUCAAGACCCACGCAACUGAGUUGGUACUACGCUCCAAGAUGCAGACACCCACUACUCCAUCCACUGUAGUAGCACAUAAUGACUCCAGUUGAUUCACUUCGCCCCUCUAUGGAAUUUGCUCGACUGUCUCUUCAACCUCUCUGCUGAGCUCUCAGGCAAGGCGCUCAGUUCUGUGGCGAUUGGACAGCGGGAGAGUUUUCUGUUUGCAAUUGAUUGACACUUUCGCCAUCUACUGAGGGAAACUGUACCUUGGUUGAUCAAUAACACCAGUGGACUUGUCUCAGUGGACAUGUUUUUAUCCCUCUUCUUUAUUCUGCUGUCACUCCGGACCCCUCUAGCCCUUGUGGACAGCGCUGUGCGAGGAUGCAGGGUUGGUUGUUCUGAGCUCACUACACCAGCAGGAGAUCCAUCUUUACUGCACCUGCUGGGACUUUGUAAACGGCUUAGAAAGACACACAGAAGGGAGAGAGGGGUCCAACAUGAGAAUCAUGUGCAAUAUUUUUCUUUUUCCUUCUUCUGCUUCUCCUAGGCUAUAGCACCCCCUAGAGUCCCCUCUGUGUCAUUACUAUGUAGUCAUGACUUCUGUUCUUCCCUCAUAUGUGCAAUUCUCACUGUACCAACAAUGUUGACAUCUAAUUGCUAACUGUGAAUUUUGAGAGUUUGGACAAAUGCCCGCACUCUCUCCAAAUGUACAUUUUGUUUAUACUAAAGAAGGCAAGUUACAUUUAAAGUAGAAUCAUGCUUGACCAAGUCACAAUCAUAUAUAAAUUUAAUGUAAAAAUUGCAGCUGGCAGAUUUAUUCUGGUUCCAGUGAGUGCCACAAUUAUCUGUUUUAUAUAUAAUUUUUUUCAGUUCCUAAUUGUUUUUGAUAGAGGCACUUAAAUGAUUAAUGUCCAUGUUUUUACAUGUCCCAGCUCUUUGGAUUUGAAACGGAGUACAAAGUGCCGGCUCACCACGUCGUUAUUAUGACUUACAUGUUUUGUGUUUGCAGCAGUGUGUUUUAACGGUCUUUGGUCAUGAUGUGCAUUGUAUUGUACAUUUUACUUUUCUACUCGUGUCAUCGUACGCUUUUGACCAAGCAAUAUCCGUUGUUUGUCGAGAAACGGUUAAACUGCAGGUGUACUCCCCACUAUUUGUUUUUACUGUGCUUAUACACUACGCCUCACUUCAGGGUUUAAUUUUUCUUUUAUACUUACUUUUAGGAAGGCUUUAUUCAGGAGGACCUUUUUUCUGCAUUUUAACUUAAGCCACCAAAAAAAAAAAAACCUGCAUCUGCAACACAUUCGGACAAGAUUUGGUUCAGUCUGAAGCCUACAAUUGAACACGAUGAUGCACUCUACAAUUUUGAAACACAAGUACAGGUAUUCGUGAACUCAUCGAGUCGUCAGGAUUUUUAAAUUUUUAUUGCAAAAUUCUUUGCACUGUUAAGAGUUUGGCUUUACGAUGGUCACUGUUUUUAAGGUCAGGGCCCAAGUGUGUAAAAUAUUGAUGGAUAUCUGAUCUGUGACCAUUUUGUCUCUUCACUUUUACCGUCUUGUUACCUGAUCACUGAUCCUACACCAGUAUUCCAAUGCUCAUAAGCUUUAUGUACACAGAAUAUUUUUAUUUUUUACUGUAUUACUUUUAAAGUUGCAAUAUGAAAUUCUUGUUUGUCAGAUGAAGAAAGGUAGUAGAGGUGAAAGGGCUGUUGGCCGCCUACUAUAAUGCAUCUGUCUGCAAAUGAAAAUGUGUUCUCCCUUAUUUUCAAGGUCUCGACCAGUGAUGGAUAGAUGACCCAAUAAAACCUGGGGAACAUAAAAAUUGUUUUGCACUUCAUGGUUUUUAUGUGAAACGGUAGAUGUUUUGUUAGUUUUGGAGCAGGUUAUCUUUGGAAUCAGGACUCACUACUCAUAUCACAAUGCUUCUUUUUUAAAAUCAAACAUUCAUUGGGUCAUCUAAACUCAGAGACUUUGAAAUAGGAGGUAUAUCUGUGUUAGAACCAGCUUCUGUAUGAUUCCAGCAUCAUGCCAUUAUUUGAAAUUUUCCAACCAUAGGUUCAGUACAAUAGAGCAUUAAACAAAGGAAUUUAUUUACACAAAUGCGCUCCACUUCUCAUUUCAGCUCUAAGAAAACAAACCUGAGCUGCCGGCCUGAGCAUGAGGUUUUUUUUACAUUUUGCUGGAAUCAAGGAACAUGAAUUCAGCAAUAAUCUGUUUCCUUUUACAUGUUGGUGGAGCAACUGAACGAAUUUGAAAGUGUUCCUUUUUUUUUCAGUUUUGAAAUACAGAAUACCAUGUAAAGGAUACAUCAUGCCAAUUAAAUUCCAUCUCUGAAUGCA